GAUUUCUGAAGAAAACACUGGUUAGGGUUUUACAGUGAUCCGAGAGUUACAGAUUGGCUGGCAGCUCGUUAGGGUUUUAGAGGAUUCAUUCGUUGAAUUUGUGUGAAUAAGAUGAAAUCAGUGGUUGGAAUGGUGGUGUCGAACAAAAUGCAGAAAUCGGUGGUGGUCGCCGUCGACAGGCUCUUCCAUAAUAAACUCUAUAAUCGCUAUGUCAAGCGCACCUCCAAGUUCAUGGCCCACGACGAACAAAAUCAGUGCAAUAUCGGCGAUCGAGUUAAAUUGGACCCUUCAAGGCCAUUGAGCAAACGGAAGAACUGGGUUGUUGCAGAGAUUCUGAAAAAAGCACGAAUUUAUGCACCUCCUGCUCCUGCCCCUCCCACCAAGACACCACUACCCGAUUCAUCUUCAUCCUAAGGUUUUCGUUUUCCAUAACCAACCUACUUUUAUUUAUUUAUUUCUUUUUUUCUUUCUUCAUAACUCUUCUAUUACAACAUUCUAUUAUCAUUUGACUACAUUUU